AUGCCGCCGCAGAGCCCAGAAAAGCCCCAAGACCAACUGACAAGUCUUUCGAGCGUGUCAAGGCCUUCCCCUCGAAAGCACAAGCCUCGUGGGUCCGGAAGUUCGAGCAGAGAGCAACAGCUGUCGUCGCCCAGGAAGAAGCAGGCCAAGCAGCCGCUGCACAUUCGCAUGAACCUCACGGAGACGCAGAUGGACAAGAUCACAGACGCCUUCACAAACAAAGUCACCAACAGUCCCGUCAAAGCGCGUCAGCGUGUCGACACGACGCCGUCCAAGGCCACGUCCCAGUCUCCGCCUGGCUCUAGCAGCCAUCCUACCAUGAACUACGCCUUUAGUGGCAGCGGAGAAGACGGGACCGACUCUGGUGUCGCGUCGCCGACCUUCUCUGAGCUGAUGCCUCGCCCCCAGGCGGAUAUCUUUGCCGCCAGAGCGGACCCAAGCUUGGCCGCUCGUCGCCAGAUGCCUUCCCCAUCGCCCAUCCAGGUCAGUGGAAGACGCGUUGCCGGAGCUGUUGCGUUCAACCCCGAGCAGGCGAUGCCUGAGUCGCCUCUGACCCCGCCUGGUGUCGAACACCAUGGAUACGCCCAAAUGCGUUCCGAGAGCGAUCAGGCUUCGGGAUUCCAUCCUAGCGGCCGCCAGCAAAUUCCCAUGGACCUCCGGGGCACGUAUACUACUGAUUCGUCGGACGGAAACGUCAACGGUCCCGUCAUCGACAUGUACAAUGCCUGGAGUGCCAUGAGAAGCACCGGCGAUUAUUCUUUCCAGCCACCUCAGCGUGUGGAGAGCCUCUCUCACCGGCCUCGCCGCUCCAAGAGCACUUCUGAGGGUCUCAGGUCCGAUGCUUUGUAUCUCUCUGGUACCUUGAGCCCUCUUACUCCUAUCCCCCCUCUUCCAGGACGCGUCCCUACUCAGUCCGCCGUUGCGCCUGCGAGAGACGAAACCCUCGAGGACCAGGUCUUCUCGCCUCUGGCACUGUAUUUCUGCGGCCGGGACUUCCCAACUGUGAAGAAAGGCGAGAAGACCAUGAUUGGGCAGAACGGUUGGCUGGAGCGCACCGAGCGUCGCUCGCCGGAGAAGGAGAAGAAGACACCGCAGAAGAAGACGGGUAUUCUUGAAAGCAUCAAGAAAAUCGCGAAGGACAUGACCGCAGAGUUCUCCAACCCAAGCCGCAAGACGCCGGCUCUGGCCAAAGACGCCGGAGCAACAUCUCAGAUUGCCAUCUCGCUCAAUCCUCGGGAGCAGAGCCUGCUCUACUGUGAGCUCGAGUACCAUCUCACCGGCGCCAUUCACGACUACAUCACCAAUGAACUUGAGCGAGGCCAUCUAGUGGCCGACAACCUCAAGAAGAUUGCCGACUUUUGGGUCUCCCAGGGACGGCCCAAGGUGAUCGGUUUCCGCUACGACCUGGAGACGCAGCUCGAGCUCGUGCACCUCCACAUCAACGACUUCAACUUCUACGGCCGCCGCCAGAGCAACCCGGUCGAGAUCGCAGGCCUCUUGCACUGCAUGAAGGUCAACGCGCGCCAGAUCCGCGUCCGCACCUUUUGCCAGCCCGACUCGGUCAUCGCGAAGCAGCUCGUCGACUCCCAGUCGCUCUUCAACAUGAUCAACGUCUCGAUCGCACGACAGGUCGGCCUCACCGAGAUUGCGCAGUUCUUCAAGGUCAUUGUGGAGCGCGAGAAGGACGUCCGCGAGCAGAGAAGCCGCGAGGUGCGCAACACUCGCGUCUCGCGGCCGGGAGAGACCUUCGCCGGCGCGCCCCCGUCGUGGCCGCAGCAUCAGCAGGAGCGCCAGCACCAGCAGCACCAUCAGCAGCACGACCGUGCCGGGCACUCGCACCAGAAGAAGCCGUCUCGUGAGCGAGACAACAGGGCAGACGACCGCACCUCGUACGGAGCAAGGGACGUGCAAGGCGACUGGACCUAG